AUGGCCAGACAUCUGAAUUUGUGCAUUUCAGGGACCAAAGAAAAAGGUAAAGUUUUUCUUUUUCUGAAGGAUUGUGGAUCCAAAGGGUGCAUGGAUACUAAUGAUAGCUUAAGAGUGGCUAGUCUAUGGCAUUCGAUGCACGCUAUCUCACAGCAGCUAUCGCCUACCACUGGUUGUUCUGAAAUUGAGCUACUUGAAGCUAAUACAUUUGAUCUCCAUUGUUUUCAAUCUCUUACCGGGACAAAGUUCUUCGUAGUUUGCAAACCUGGGACACAGCACAUGGAGGCUCUCUUGAAAGUUGUUUAUGAGCUCUACACAGAUUAUGUUUUGAAAAACCCCUUCUAUGAGAUGAAGAUGCCUAUAUGAUGCGAACUCUUUGACAUCAACCUGACACAGGUAGUACAGAAGGAUCGUGUUGCGCUUUUGGGGCGAUAAGCUGUCCUGGAACCUUUAUCUUACCAAAAUGUCACCAUCUCUUAUCUUCAUCCAUACACUUUUGAUGGAAGAUUGCUAUCAAGUUUGUAUCAACCUGUGUAUUGGGAUAUCAUCAAGCUCCUUUGUUUAGCUUAUAAGUGCUGAAUCAUUUACAACAUAUAAUGAUUUCUGGAGUUG